AUGAGGGAUUCUACCAAAAACAUAUCAGCCGAUCGUUCUGGUUCAACACGUUAUUCAGUAAUUAAUGGUUCUCAAGAAGCUACUCGAACUCUACAACAAUUGGUCUGUAGUGAACUUCCCUCAGAAGUAUUGAAACAUCUAGAAGACGUUACUUAUACAACUGCAACCGAUGGAACUCAAAUCUAUUUCCCAUGUCCUUUCAAAGAAACUGAAGCUACAGUUGCAUUAAAAUCAGUCGAAGCAAGCGUUGUAGCUGCCAUUGCGGAUCUUCGUUACGGAGAACAGAAAAGAAAAAUCGAAAUCAAUCUUGAGCAAACAGCUACUUUCUUAUUCUCAACUUAUAUUGCUACAAUUGCCGGAAUGAAUAAACAACAUCCUGAUGUUAAAUCGAGACUGAAAGAUACGGACUUGCUCAAAGCACAAGCUAUCUUGUAUCGCAGACUGUCAGCAAAUCUUUAUGAAACUAAGAAUCCAGGGGAAUACUUUCAUAUUCAUGGAUCAUUAGAAGCUGGAAAGACAUUGAAUAUGAUUGGUUUGGAAGCAUAUCGACCAGAUCUUACAGAUUAUAGGGAAUGUAUUGAUGUUAUCGAAAAGCAUGUCAAACAAUAUACGGCUGCGGAAUUGGAGAUUAUGAAUGCUGAAAUAAAUCAAGCUGGUGUAACAGCAUUGAAAUGGGAAGAUUUUAAGAAGACAAGCCAUGGUCGGACACUUCUCAAGUUACCUCCUUGGCAACUCGAUAGCCUUCAAGAUGAUUCCCCACCAUGUCCAUUCCCAGAAGUAGCUCCCGCAACUCCUACUUCCAAACCACAAGUAUUAUCCGGAAUUCGCGUUUUAGAAUUGUGUCGUAUUAUUGCUGGGCCUGCCAUGGGUCGAACACUCGCUGAAUAUGGUGCCCAAGUCAUCAAAGUUACAUCUCCAAAUUUAUCUGAUGUUCCAUUUUUCCAAGUCGAUGGAAAUACCGGUAAACAUACCGCGGAUAUCGAUCUUAAAACGCCAGCUGGUCGUGCCACGUUUGAGGAAUUGCUUAAAUCCGCCGAUGUUAUUCUCGAUGGAUAUAGACCCGGAGCUUUGGAACGAUUAGGUUACGGUCCAGAAAAUAUCGUAAAAUUGAUCUCUGGAAGAGGCAAAGGGAUUGUAUAUGUCUCCGAAGAUUGUUUUGGUUAUCAAGGAGAAUGGGCUGGGAGACCUGGAUGGCAACAAAUCGCAGAUUGUGUAACGGGAGUAGCCUGGGCUCAAGGAGAAUUUAUGGGUCUCGAUGAACCUGUCGUUCCUCCUUUCCCCAUGUCUGAUUAUGGAACUGGAUGUAUGGGUGCUAUUGCUGCUUUGGUGGGAUUAUUUCGAAGAGCUAAGGAAGGAGGGAGUUGGAGAGGAACGACUAGUCUUUGUCAAUAUGAUGUGUUUUUACUGGGAUUAGGAUUAUAUGGGGAUGAUGUUAAAGAGAAGGUUAGAAAAGAUCAUGAUGAUCAUUUCUUUGAUUUGAGACAUGCGGAUAGUGUGGAUGAGGUUGGUGGGAGAGCAUUAAAAAGUAUGAGGAGAGCACAUCCCGAAUUAUUCGACGAGAAAAAUAUGCAAAAGACAUUCAGCAUAGGAUUCGGCGAGGAAAUCAAAUGGUGCAGAAGUCCCGUCUCAAUCGAAGGAUUACGAGUCGGAUUCGAAAGAGCAAGUCGUCCAAACGGUUAUGAUAAACCGACGUGGGAGAAUUGGGAAAUCGAGAAAGAAGUGGUGGAAGGAUAA